GAUGCUAUCAAGGGAAAGGAUGAGAAUGGCAAUGAUGUCUAUCUUAUUCCAUGUCCUGCUGGUACGACAAAUGUCAAACUUCAAGCCAACUGGCACUAUGCUAGUGAAGAUGAAGAUUUGCCUGAUCUUGCUACUGAAGCAGAUCGAGGUCUGCAGUUUAUUCAAAGCCGCAGAAAGGAAAGAGAUCCAUUUGGGUUGUACGAUCAUGUCAUCAUGGACAGUGGUUGUACAAACACCACCAUUUGUAAUGGUGAGCUCAUGCAUGGACUCCGUCAUGCUGAGAAAGAACUUGACAUGCACACUAACGUGGGCAGCAGAGUUCUCGACGAAGAAGGUUUUCUAGGAAGAUUUCCACCUCCAGUUUAUCACGAUGAAGAUGGAAUUGCCAAUGUACUUGCAAUGCGCGAGAUGAUUGCUGCGGGAUACCGCAUUACUAUGGAUUUUUAUGCUUACAAUGCUUUUAUUGUGCAUUGUGAUGGAAACAGAAAGAUGCAAUUUGUGAAUCGUAAGGCUGUGUAUGUGUUGGAGCAACUUGGAGCAAAUGUCAAACCAGGUGCCAAAGCGACAAGUGCAAUGUACCGUCGCCAGUUAAGCAACUUAAAUAAUCAACCCCAUUUCGAACUUUCUUCAAACAAACAGAAUGGAUAUGCUGGACUUGAGAUGGCCUCCAAGAUGGCAACCGUUCGAAAGAACAAGGAAGGAUUCACUCCAAGACAAGUCAAGGCUGCGAUGGAAGCGAGAAGUGCAAUGCACAUACUCAAUGCUCCAACCACCCACCGAAAGUCUGAAGUAUGCGAUCCGAUCUGGUCUCAUCAAGAACUGUCCUAUCACCAAAGAAGCGAUCAAUCAUGCCAAAGCAAUCUUUGGACCCUGACGCCUCUACAUUGA